ACAGAAUCCAUUUCCUGCUUACUACAAUAUUGCAACACACCCACAAAUAGAAACUAGCACUUCCUUAAGGCAGAGACUUUUACAUGUAAGUACUGUAUUGAUAUUUUCAAACACUGUCCUUAAUGUCCUUGAAAGUAAAAGCUGAAAGAAACUGUGUUUUUCUACUCAAAACCAAAAGAACAUUAUCUUAAAACUUUUUUUUUCCUGUUGCAAUUGUUCUAAAGUUCCUCAAGUAGGGCUUGUUUUUUUUAAUCAGCAGUGUUUAUGGGGUUUUGCUGUUUGGCUAUUUGACAGUCUAAAUUCUGGAAUGGGGAAAUGUAAACAGUUCCACUUUAUAACUGCUGAUGCAAAACUGCUUUAAACCAGGCCUCUGAUUUAUGAGAGAGUGUGGCAAAAAACAACAAAAAUGCUGCAAUCUUGUGCAUGCUUACUUUGAAGUAAAUCUUACUGAACUCAGAGAGGCUUUCUUCUGAGCAAAUUUGUAUAGGAGAAGGCUGUGCAAAACGUUACAGCAUAUGCAUUUAGAAGAAUAACAAAUUAAAUCACCAUCCUUGUAAUAAUGAAUGCUGGUGAAGAACUCCUAUACAUGAUUUCACACAGGAACCAAUUUUGCAUGUUUCAUUGUAGUUAGAGCCAACUUAAUCAAACCUAUAAAUAAAAUUACAACUGCUGCUAUAUGUGCAGGCGGAAUCCAGAAAUAAUUUACUCAAGUUACUCCACAGUAAAUAUACAUAGGAGUGUAAUCUAAGGGAGGAUACAGACCAACCUUUAAUAUGUGAAUUUUCGAAAGAGUGAAGUUUUUAAAUUAUUAUUUUGUGGAAAUUAAAGCACAUACAGUAGUUGUAAAACAUUUGAAAUGCCACGUAGUUCUUCCCAACUUCCUCUAAAAGACAGAAGAGGCUGGUUAGCAUAAGACUGCAUAAACAUGGGCAGAAUUGCUCUUUGAUAACGCAGGGCAAUGUGUCAUGUACAGUAAGCCCACACUGAACGUGUGUACAUUCAGCUUUAUAUGCUUGGCAAAAAAACCUUUAAAAUUUUGCUCUCAGUUUAUGUUUGGCUUGGUAGGCUACAAUCUGUACAGGCCUGCCCCUACACAGAAUACCAUAUGAAUUAGUGGUACCGAGAAUUUUUUCACAGUAGUAUUUCUGUUGUGGUAACAGUACUUUUCCCAAAGGCUAAUGGGAACUAGUGCUAUUGUGUCUGUAUUUCUUGGUUUGCCUCAUCGUAUGUUGGGGCCGAACACAGGGAGGAAAGAUUAGCUAUGUGGGCCAGCUGUGUAUAUACAUUUGUACACUGUAAAUGUCAGCGCUUUUCUUCAGCUGGAACUCACCAGAACUCAGUUCCAGCACCACUUAGGUGGGAACCAUUGCCAUUAUAAGGGAACAAGGGAGGCAUUCAUGGUGAGUUCUGGCACCUCUUUCCAGGGCUAGAAAAAUAGCAGUGGAAAAUGUCAUUUUGCACACACAAAAUACACAGCAAGUGGAUCGUUUGGUAGUAAGUUUAUACUUUCCUGAACCCCACUUGGUUCCCCAACCAUCCCUUAGUUUAGGGGUUGUCAACCUGGUCCCUACCACCCACUAGUGGUCAUUUCAGGAUUCUAGGUGGGGGGUAGGGGGUUCUACAGCACAAGCUGAAUCCUCCUUCCAUUGAGCACUGGUGGGCAGUAAGGAAAUUUUACUAUCAAGAAAGAUGCAUUAGGGGGCAGUAGGUAUAAAAAGGUUGACUACCCCUGCCUUAGUUCAUUUGCAUGAAGCUGGGAAGCCAAGUCAAAGUACAGUAGUACCUCGGGUUAAGAACUUAAUUCGUUCUGGAGAUCCAUUCUUAACCUGAAACUGUUCUUAACCUGAGGUACCACUUUAGCUAAUGGGGCCUCCCGCUGCUGCUGCACCGCCACACGAUUUCUGUUCUCAUCCUGAAGCAAAGUUCUUAACCCGAGGUACUAUUUCUGGGUUAGCAGAGUCUGUAACCUGAAGCGUCUGUAACCCAAGGUACCAUUGCAUGGUCAAGAAAGAAGGUUGUAGCAUGGAACAGCGCAGGGGGAAAUAAUGACUAGAAAAUGGAGAAUGAGGGAUAUAGGAGACAUGAACUUGAUGAGAUGAGGGCAAUCAAAAGGGGGCUUAGAAAAUUUCUUAAAUAAAAGGGACUGCAUGUGGUAGAGAGUAGAGAGAAAGGGGACGACUGUAGCAAUGGAGGAUGCCAGGGAGUCUAAGCAAGAGCAACCAGAGUGCAAUUUGUUGUAUUGAUUUCAACUAAUCAACCAGUGUUUGGUUACAGGUCUUUUAUCAUUUGCUGAAAACAUACCAAAUGCUGAGUGUUUUAUGGCUGUGUGAGCAUGAUUAAAAUUCAGAGUAAAUGCUUACCUAGGCAUUAUUUUAAUAGGUUCCAGAUCUUUAGGGAGAAGACUCUAAUUCAAUUUUAAAAUAAAACAUAUUUUCUAGCUAGGCAGUAAACAAACAAAAAACCCCAAAACAAAACCCACCAUUUCUUAGAUGUCACCUUGGAGAUUCAGCAAACCAAGCCACGGAAAUGAUUCCUGAUAGAAAUCACUUAUUGCUCAGACUUACAGCAGUGGCUACGUUUACAAAGGAGCUGUACUCCACAGCUCUGUACAGGCUGGGGGGGAAAAUAGCUAUUUGCUGCGGUCAAGGUCUCUGUUCAAAGUCCGAUAAAAAUGCCGAUAUGCUGCUUUAGUAAGUGCUUUCGUCUACUUACUUGCGUAAUACUUGGCAGCUAUACAUUUCUAAGCAGUCCUUGACGUGGGAGAACUGCCGACUCUGCUCUGUAUCCUUGCUUUUGCUUUUCUUUGUGCCUCACCCUACUCAGAUUGCAGCUAAAUAACUCUGCUUUUGCUGUAUAUAUCUUCUUUUUUAAAAAAUUAGGUUGGUAUUCUGCCAUGGCUAUGAGAAGCUUGCUUUCUGACCAUAGCCACUAUGUCGAAUCCUUUCGUCUGUUCCUUGAGAAUUCGACGGAGCAUCAAUGCAUGCUGGAAUUCAUUCAGAAGAAGCUGCCAGGCAUAUUAUCAAGGUAAAAGCAUCAGGCAUCUUAUCAGAAGGACAAACUUUUGAUACGCUCUGGCAUACAUGAUGUUUCUUUGUGUGUGCAACGGAGCCAGGUUUGCAAGAACUGCUGGAGAGUAUCGGACUGCUGUUUCUGUCCUUCCCUCCCUCCCUCCCUUCUCUAGAUCUUUAAUGUUUUACUUCAGACAUUCCAGUAGAAAGCUUUUCUUUGUGAUAGGCUUUGCCUAGCAGAAGACAGAGAUCUCAUUGUUUGCUCUCAUGUAAAUAUAGCUCAACUUCCACGUAUGCACAUACAAUAAUGAACAGCAAUCACGAUUUAUCAGGAUGUACUUUCCUUUGCAAAACAAAAACAAAAACCCUAAUAAAAAAAAUUAACCUCAUUGAUUAUUCAUGUGUGGAAGCUAAAUAAACACAUGUGGCGUAUUGGCUUAGGGGACCUGAAUGCCCUAACCACAAGAGUUUGUCUAAGCAUAGGAUCCUAGUAUAUGGAAGCCCCAUAAAAGUGUGCACUUUGGAACAAACCACUGAGACCCAAACCUGCUCCUUUCUUCAUAACUCCACCUGUUCAUUUAUAUAGGCCCAUCCUGGGUUCUGCUAAACUAGACCAAGACCAUUUCUGGGUUCUGCCAAACUGAGCUGAUUGAAAAUUUCUGAAAAUGAAUGUCAUUGAACUUUUUUAAUACCUACUGAUCUCUUACUGUUUUAAAAAGAUGCACUCUUUACCUCCUCAGUAUAGGCAGUGGGAAAUCUACAAUCAAUAUUCUAAGUGUUGGUGGCGGGGCAGGUAAGUAAAGUAUGAAGACAUGCAUUUAAUUAUUUGAACUACAGGUUUAUAUUAUGUAUAUAACAGAUUAUAAUUCAUUUAAUUUACAGUUUAGUUUCCCAGGUAGCUGUCAAUAAAACCAGAAGCAAUAGGAUUAUCUCUACAAUAUGUUGUAUGGAGGAAAAAGACACAGAAUGACAUCCAGUCUAAUCCUUUGUAUAUUUAAAGUUUUGAGGUUUUACAUUUUGUAUGUUGAGACCUAGAUGGUGAAUAGUGGGAUAUAUAGAUAUAGAUAUGUAUAUAUUUAUACACACACACAUUUCAUUAUAUAUAUAUAUAUAUAUAUAUAAUAUUAGUAAGAGCUGGGCAUUGUUGAAUCCACUGAAAUUAAUGUGUUUGAUGUACCUAAUUCUGCAUUGGAUUGGGGCGAUAGGUAGGAACCAUGAUGGUGUACAUCAUAUCCGACUUUGGAUUCCAUCUUCUUUUCCAUUACCAAGUAUUAUACUAGUUGACCGAACGUCCAGAACACAGAGGGGAUAUGAAAAGGACCGACUGAGCAUCCUCCACUAAAAAUUGUUGUAUGUCGCACUGUGACUACGAUCUUAAAACAGCUUAAUUUGUAAAUUAAUCAACUUGUACCAUUAUUGUCUUAUCAGUAGUGUGAGUGGCGAGGGCAAAGAGAAUAGGCAAACAUGGGGAAGAGACAGAUAAGUGAGCCAUUUAAUACACUAUUUUGUUUUCUGGUGAUAACCAACUAGAUAUCAGAUCACACUAUCCUUCAUGGUGGUCAUGCUCAUUUGCUGCAGGACUGUGCAAGCUUUUUUCAAUGGCUGUUUUUUUUUUAAAAUACUGAAUUUAGCAAAGAAGAAAAAGAAAGAAAACUAGAGAAGGGAAAGAAAAAAGAAACCCACCAGCUCACAUUAAAAAUACAAUUACUAUUAAUACAUCCAUCUUUAUUUUAUCUAAAUAUUUAUAAACUGCACUUUUGUUUUUUAAAAAUAUGAGGUAGUGUACACCAUAUGAAAGUUAAAAUGAUACAAAAAAUCAUUUUUAAAAAAACCAUCGAUAAAUACAGGUUGGCCAAAAGAAAGUGUGCAUUUUAGAGGCCACUCUAAACACAAUUAUAAGGUGGAUUUGUAAGAAGGCAGGAAUGAUUCCUGCUGAACCUCUGCUAGUAGGGCACAGUAGUAAAGACUCACUCCCUAGUAAAGGCCAACCAAAACCUCUGGGGGCACGAGGAACCACAAGAAGUGCCACAUCAGAGGAUCUCAGUGACUGAGGUGGAGCAUUAAACACAAAUUAAUACAGACCAUCCAAAUGUCCAAACAGGUAUUCACACAAAGUUAGUGUUUAUAAGAAAUGUGCUCAAAUUUAGCAGGGGCAGCAAGGUCCUCAGACCAUUGUGAAACAGAAGGUGGGUGAUCGUCCUUACAGGCUUGAAGUAGAAACGUAUUGGUGAGGGAAGGCUCACAAAAUCCACUUUUGUCGCCCUGCUAUUAAUACCCAUGCUACAGGGCCAUAAUUAAAAAGUACAUGGAUAUUUGCACAUAUCAAGGUUUUUGCUACUACACAGUCACUAGUUUAGUGACUGAACAACCCUGACAGAGAGCACCACUUGUUCUGGGAAACAGCUCUACUCACCAGUGUGGCAGCAGGUACUAUGGAGUCAUGUAACUGUCUGCCAUGACUGUUAGCCAUAGAUAGGCUCAUUCUCCAUUAUUUUAACUAAUCUUAAAAAACAAACUCAGGUGUGCUACCAAAAGGCAGCUAUCCAUCAGUCUUAGUGCAGCAUUAUCAUUGACUCUUGGUAUGAGAAGCACCCGACAGUAAAAUGCGUAAAAGCAGCGUCUUUUAGACAGUCUCACUAUAAGUGGCAAUAACUAAUAGUGAGAAUGUGUUAUGCCAGUCCAUAAAGAAAGUACGCCUUGUUUUCACCCUUUAUCUUAUUAAUGUUGCCAACUCACACCCUCCAAUCACAAAAGGCAUUUGCUGUGCUAUAAAACAGCAAAUGUGCCAUAAACAAUCCAUUUCCUUGAAAAGUUUAAUUGGAAUCUUAAUGGUGAACAUAGUGAUAGCCUUUUUAAGGUAAUUGUAUCGGAGAGCUUAAAUAAUUCCUAUAGCUUAAUUUGAAAGUUGUUGAUAGCGCAGGCUGCCGCAUAUUCAGCUCUUGAAUCCCCCAAAGCACUUGUUUGCAUAUAAACAACUAACUGAACUCAAUUAAGGUCGUAGAUUAAGCUACAAAUCAAAGGGGUUGGGGGAAGGGGUGGUUUAUAAUAACCUGGUAGGGGUGGUGAGUUGAUUACUUGUGAAUGGGGAACAAUACAAUAGAAAUGUGACUUUUUUAAAAUUUGGAGGAACAGGUUUUUAUAUCAGUACAGAGUUUUGAUUUUUUUAAAGGAAAGAAUAGUAUUUGUACGGAAGGCACAGGAACUUCUGUAUGCUUAGAAUUAAGGACCAGUGUGCUUCUGAGCACAUGCUCAGCUCAUGAAUUUGUUUACAGGAUCAGAAAUGUUGUCAUUGUUAAUACACACACACCCCGCUCCUGGUUUCCCCUCUACCCCCGAAUAUUCAUUUCAACAAUCUUUUUUUUUGGGGGGGGGAGCCUUUUGUUGCUGUUAUUGUUAAACCAUUAGGAGUCAGAUACACUGGUCAAUAUGCCACAAAUCACCCUCAGAUCUACCAGAUCAGCCUUCUGCCAACCCAUCUACAUUGCUAAACCAAGUAAUAUAUGUUGAGUCCUGUUACAAAUACUGGCAGCUCUCCCUCUCAUUCUCUCUCUGUCCCCCCCCCCUUUUUCUUUCUUGUGUCCUAGGAGAAGUUGACCUUCAGAUUCUUGUAGAAGUACGGGCUAAAUAUCCUGGAGUCGUCAUUUGUAACGAUGUGGUAGAACCAAGUGAUGAACAAAUAAGCGCCUACAAAGGUAUGAGCGCCGCAACCCCAGAGUCGGUCAUGACUGGACCUAAUGGUCAGGGGUCCCUUUACCUUUUAUGCUUUCUUGGUUUCAUUUCUUAAAAAGCAGAGUACAAAAUAAUUUGCCAGAUACUGUAUUUUUAGCUCUAUAACACGCACCCGAUCAUAACACGCACGUAGUUUUUAGAGGAGGAAAAUCCGUAGGCAUGCCACCCGUAGGCAUUCCCUCCAUAACACGCACAGACAUUUCCCCUUACUUUUUUAGGAGGAAAAAAGUGAGUGUUAUGGUGCAAAAAAUACGGUAAUUUGUCCUAUCUGUUGUAUCAUUCUCAUCCCGGGAAGUAACACUUCCAGGGAGCAUUCAUUCAUCACAAUUCUCUCGCAAGGGAAUGGGAUAGCUAUCAUUUGAUAGCAUGGCAGUGAUCCAGAGGAGAGCAACAAUAGCUUAAUCCCUUCUGAAGCAGAAGUGGAAACAAUACAAGCGAAGACACUUGCUGCUGAAACUAAGAGGAAUAGACUGCAACUGCCUGAAAAGUUAGGUUUGAACUCACUCCGAAGGGCUACUUCAUAUUAAUUUCCUAGAUGGAUAUAUACAAACGUGGAUAUAGACGCACACAAUAUGUAUGUUGCCAGUUCUGAUGAAAGCACAUGUCUGUUUUGACACGUGUGUUCAUAAUGGGAAGCUAAUUUGUUGUAUACUUGGCAAAGUAGGCGUAUUUCCAUUCCAUGUGAAGUGGACCUGAGAGAUACUAGCUCUCUUCAGAUGUUCAGCCUGACCACAUAAGCACCAAAGGAGAGUUGUUGGACGGGAGCAUGCAGGGCAUCCCUGACCCCCAGUGUCCCUGUGUGUGCUAGCCCCACUUCUACUCCUGACUUUUGGAGGAGUGGGACAGAGCCAGCACUCAAGGGCUGCGGGUGUCAGUGGCAUAGCCUGGGUUGCCAAGUGCCCGGGGCUGUGCAGAGGGGUGGGGUGCGGAUAGAAAUGGAUGAAGUACAUUCAACUGCCUAACAGUAUCCACGUCACCCAGGAGAUCGCAGCCACAGAGAGAAGAAAAUAAGACUUGUUCCAUAGUCUGGAGAGGUCACCUUCCUAGAGAAGCUUUUUUCAAUGCAGCCCAGUGAUGGAAGCGCACAGCUGUAUUGAGGCAGCACCGGGUGUUGAAAUUUUGUGCCCCCUAACAUUUUUGCACCUGGGACAACUGCCCCUGCAGCCCUCCACUCCCUACUACACCACUGGCUACAUGUUUUUGCCCUCCCAUGGUCAGGCUGAACACCUGAAAAGGGCCAUUGUCUUGUGGACUUAUUUGGUCAUUAGCCCAAUUCUGAUUUUUGGCAUAGGGAAGCCACAUUGACAGGCAUUAGCUUUCUUUCCCUACUCUUCAUUUCCUGAUGUCUCCUCACAGACUGUCUAGUGAUUAAAUAGAAGCAGACUGAGUCAGAUUAUUUUCAGUGCUGAUAUGGAUUACUGCUCAAUGAUCUCUGAGUUUAAAAUAGCAAAUUAGAUUUGAACUGUGGUCGUAUAGGCUAGAGACUGAUAAAUGGAAGAGAGGACUGAGCAACAGCCGCAGCAUUCAGAAGUGGUAGCCCAUGUCCAAGAAGGAAUGCAAAGGAAGAGAGAUAAGUGCAGGUGGAACAUUUCUCAUCUAUUUCACAGGGAUGUAUCCUAAUCGGAGCCCUGAAAAAUGUAAGACUUUGAUUUGAUGUGCUAAGUUAAAGCUGUACCAAAGCACAAUGUGUUUGAAUGCUAUGUGUAUACAAAGCCCUUAGAGCACCUCCAGACUGUCAUUUUUUUCAGGUGGGAUUCAAUUAUAUUCUGGCAAAUUCAGGUUGUAUAAUUACAGCUGAUUGGGAGGUCUUGUGCAGCAAACCCUGCUCCCCCCCCCAUUGGACUUUUUGCUAUAAGGAAAGUGACAGGGAAUUGCAUUAGAAAGUGAGGGAAUAACACUUGCUUUGAUGCCAAAUAAUCUCUCCAACAAAUAACCAAUGCCACCUAAUCUCCCUGAACACAAGGGCCUUUCCACACUCUCUGUUUAUAGUGCUGCUAUAGUUGCUGUUUGAUCCAAUGUAAAAACUGAAUUUGUAGCUGAUUGUUUGCACCUUUGGUCACAUUAGAGAGUGAGGGUGGGGCUUUCCUAUGCACACUAAUGGUUGUUUCUGUGAGAAAGGUUUUUUGGCUGUAGUCACACCCCUUGUGUAUCCUUGUGCUCCUCCAGCCAUUAAAUGUCAGAGCUGAAAAUGUGGAUAGCAAUUUUGUAGCUUUUUGUGUGUGUGUUUAGUGUCUAGUAUUCCCGAAUUCUAUUAUUGUGGGAGUACAGGAAAUUAGAAGACGAACUAUGGGUCAACCUGAGCUAUGGUGAACCUGGUUAUUGUGAUGAAAUUUUGUCUGAAGCUAAUGAUUGCUUUCACAGGCAGUACAGUGGUACCUCGCAAGACGAAUGCCUCGCAAGACGAAAGUUUUUCGUUUUUUGAGUUGCUUUGCAAGACGAAUUUCCCUAUGGGCUUGCUUCGCAAGACGAAAAACGAAAACGUCUUGCAAGUUUGUUUCCUUUUUCUUAAAACCGUUAAUACCCAGGGUGCAUUGCUUGAAGAGGUGCAGUUGCGACUUGACUUUGAGGAGCAACUCAUAGCAUGCGGUGUGGUAGCCUUUUUUGAGGUUUUUGAAGACUUUGGUGAUUUUUGAAGCUUUUCCAAAACCGUGCUUCGCAAGACGAAAAAUUCGCAAGACGAAAAAACUCGCAGAACGAAUUAAUUUCGUCUUGCGGGGCACCACUGUACUUUGACUCAGCACCAUCAUUCCUAUCUGCCAUCUCUCUCCUCUGAAUAGCUCACAAAUUCACAGUUUGCACUGGCCAGAGGGAAGCAGCAUGAAACAGACAUCUCCCAAACCACUCAGCAGCCAUCCCCUCUACAUAGAAACCAGGGCAAUGCUUGCACACAUGCUAAUAAAAAAUUAUUAUUAUUAUUAUUAUUAGUCACACAAAUGGAUAUAUUGAGGAUCCAUUCCAGUUUUUUCACAAAAGUCAGAUUUCUUGUGGUAGAUUUUCUUUUUUUAAGUAUAGUAUUCUGGCAUGCUAACUGAAUAAUGAUGACAUCAUGUGACAGAGAGUAUGCAAAAAAGAAAAAGUCCAGAAAACAAAGCCACUAUACCACUAUAAAUGGAAAUGGCCCUUAGAGCUAUUGGGGGACUUUCUGCCAAGAAACAGUGGAAUCAAAGCUUGGAACAGGGUUCAAGUAGCUGUGAAACAGGUUCCUGGUUUUCUUUAUUUCUGAUAACUUUUGGGGCACCAAGAAAGGAGCAUGCCAUAUGUCAUGCUUUCAGCCUGGGAUGCUAGAGAAAUAGCAAGUAUUUUCUGCAAAUCAGGAAAGCACAGCAACCACCUCUGUCAUUCAGUGCUCACAACUAUGCUUAAUUCAGAACUGAUUUCAUGAGGAGUUAAAAUGAGGCACAAUGGGGUUAAGUUUCCUAUGGAUUCUGGGGAAUCAAAAGCCAAUUGCAUAAUAUAUGAAAAUACCUUAUACACAAUCUAGCCAAUGUUAUCAGUGGAUAUCAAAAGUAGCUGCCAUUGGGCUUAUCUGCUUCAAUUUCUCCCAUGGAACCAAGUAACAUUUUAUGCUGUUUCACUUUGUCCAGAUAGCUUUACUCUACAACCCAGCCACUGCCUUAAGAUAUUUCUUCUACAUUGUCCUGUAAAUCUAAAAAGUGACCCUGGAAUCUGAGUUCUAGAUAUAAAAUUGCAAGUAUAUAUAAGAACAUAUUUUCCUCCUGAUUGGAUUCAUCAAACUACUUGAGAGGAUGGAACUGGGGACAGAUUCUGAAACAUCCGUAUGAUUUAUGCUGCCCCAAAGUGUUCCUUCCACUUUGCUUUGCUCUGUGGAAGUGAGUGAAUGGAAGGUGGCACCUGGCAGCUCAAGACUGGUCCCGCCAGUGACACCAGCGCGUUGUGCUUUUUAAAAUAUAUGGCUUUCAGCUGCUUUAAAAUUUGAAAUGGAAAUUUAUUCUGUAUUUGCAAUUGAGAUAAACUGUGGAGCUAUCAUAUUUUAGAACGAGUAGCAAAGACAGAAAACCUUGAGAACAUAAAGUUUUCUUGGCACAAGGAGACUUCACUGGAAUAUGAAAGUCGAAUGAAGGCAAGCAAAGAAGUGAAGAAAUGGAACUUCAUCCACAUGAUCCAGGUAAAGGGAGGCCUCAAUUGUGGGACAGUUGUGGUUGUUGGGACAAUCGUUUUCCUCAUGCUACCUUUCGUGUGCGAUAAUACCACUUGAAUGUCAAAGCGGUGCUCCAGUCCCUUGUAUUCUAUAAGUUUGUUCUGUUCACAAGCAAUAAUAUAUUUGUUCCAAACAAUCAAGCCCAAAGAACACAAAGAAUGCAUGCAAAACUUGCUGUAGAAUAAGGACAAAACUCUGCUUUGCAUUAGCUAGCGCAUCUGAAUAAAAAGUGAGUAGAGCUUAAUAUUGCUGCACCCCUUUCCCCUCAGCUAUGCGGUUCUCUGGCACAAAACUCAGUUCCACCCCCAGCUUCCCUGCUUCACCUCUCUCUGAGGUCUACCGCCCUGCGCUGGAUUUCUGCUAGAUAUUUUAAACCCUCUUUAUUUUUGCUGCCACCACCAGGUACGAGAAUUGCCAGCUCUAGCAUAGCCAGUCAAGAGGCAAGUGUGUAUGAUACAACAAUAACAGAAUAAAAUAUUGCAGAAUUAUUCAGUGCUCAGAAGCAUGCGGUUUCAGUUACAUACUUUCUUAGAUGCUGCUUUAAUCCAUAGAAACACCUCUACCUAACUCCAUGCUUCUAAAUGUACCUAAGCAAAAUCCACCCUCCCCAUCUAUCCCAAAUGCUGUCCCUACUUGCUAAAUCCGUCACAAUCUACCCAACACUAUCCAUCCAGUUCCGAGGACCUUCUGAGGGACCUCAGGGUGAGAAGAGAAGUUACAAGGAACCAGGCGGAGGGCCUUCUUGGUAGUGGAACCUGCCCUGUGCAAUACCCUCUCAUCAUAUGCCAAACACAAACUUUCUGGAGACAUAUGAAGGCAGCCAUGUAUUGGGAAAUGUUUAAUGUUUGAUGUUUUGCUGUGCUUUUAUUAUGCUGGAAGCCACCCAGGGUGGCCGGGGCAAGCCAGGCAAAAGGCUAGGGUAUAAGUAACAGAUUAUUAUUAUUGCUAUUAAUUCUACAACCUUCUCCCACCAGUAUUUGAAGUCCCACCUGAACACUACUCACUUCCAAUAUUACAAGCACACCCCAUUCCCCUCCCAAUCCAACACUGACCCUAAUCCAUGUACUGUCCUGAACCCCCGGCCUACCUGGCAGCAAGUCAGUAUGUCAAGUCCAAAGUCCAAGUCCAGGGACCGAGCCACACAAGCAAAUUCGAAAGCUCAGGAAAUGCAGUCCAGUGUCAAUCCAAGUAGCCAAGUCUGAAGUGCUGUAGUCAGAAUACAGUUCAGAGUCACACCCAAAUCACAGUGCAGGAACAUGCAAGUCAAGACCCAGCAACAUGGGGAGUUGAGCAGAAACAAUGCCUCAGCUUCCCUUUUCUACCUUGCCUGCUGAUUGCAGCAUCUGGGCUUGAUGAGGCAUGUGACCCUCACCUGUUCCAAGCCCACUCCAGCUGAGGAAUCACACAUCCCAGAGCUAAUGAGCUCCACCUGGCCAGCUAUGGGCCCUUGCCUGCCUCAGCCUCCUGCAGCUCCCUAUACCUUAGAGCAGUGAUGGCUAAACUCGGCCCUCUAGCUGUUUUGGGACUACAAUUCCCAUCAUCCCUGACCACUCGUCCUGUUAGCUAGGGAUGAUGGGAGUUGUAGUCCCAAAACAGGUGCGGCGCCCAGUUUAGCCAUCACUGCCUUAGAGCCUGCUGUGUUCAUGGAGACAGGGGCUCCUCUGGCUCUGGUGAUAGGUCCUGCUGCUCUGGUUCCUGUGCACUGACCCCCAUCCCCACCCCAUCCUCCGUAACCCUGUGAAUACUUCCUAUACCAACUUCUCCUUGCCCCGCCCCACCUUGUUCCAGUGUGUUCCAGUCCUGGCUACACCCCUCGCCAGGAUCCCCUCCCUCCUCUCCAUUGUCCUGCCGGUUCAUGAUGCUACUUGCCUACACAUUUAGCACAAUACAUACUACCAUAUAUUACUUUACUGUAGUUGCUCUAAUGUGUACGCAGUAUCAUUUAGACACACAUCACAAAUACAUUUUUGGUUUGGAUAUAUUUGAGUCAUUUCACACAAAAAUGGGAGCAUUCAUGGAAAAGCUUCAGUGAGUUCAUUCUACAUUAAAGUGAUUCUUAUAUUUUCUAGAUGCUGUAUUAUGUAAAAGACAUCCCAGCUACUAUCAGGUUUUUCCACAGCCUCUUGGAACCUGGGGCCAAGCUCCUUAUUAUUCUUGUUUCAGGUAAGUACUGAUCUCAGUAGUUCAGGCACUGCUUAUCUCAAGAUUGAAUUUCUGCAAUGCGCUCUAUGCAGAGCUUACUUUCUGCUUCCAGAAAGUGCAGUUAGCACAGAAUGCUGCAGUGCGGUUGCUGACAGGAGUGAGGCCCACUCAACCUAUAACACGCUCAGAGAUACACACUGAUUGCCAUUUUCUUACCAGGCCAAGUUCAAGGCUUAACUACAGGUAUAUAAAGCUCUAAAGGCUUGGAACCAGUUUACUUGUGGGAUCACCUUAUCCCAUACUCGACCGCUUUGAUCUGUGAAACUGGCGCUGUUCCACAUACCACAUAAUACUCAUUCUGCAGUUUUAAGAAAUCAACCUUUUAGUGCGGCAGUGCCUACACUUUAGAACUCACUACCUAUUGAUAUCAGGCAGGUGCCUUCACUGCAGUCUUUUUGGCAACUGCUUAAAACAUUUUCAUUUAGGCAUGGCUAUCCAGACAUUUAGAUGCUUACAUUCCCUCCCACCACCUUUUUACUGUUAAUUAUCUUUAAAUGCUUUAAGUGUUUUUUGUUGAAUGUUAAUAUUACUUGUAAACUGCUUGGGUGUAUCAUUACAAUCAAGUGGUGUAUAAAUUUUGUUAAAUAAAUAAAUACUGCCAAGUACAGUUCUUACACACUUCAAGGUUGUAAUUUAGACUUCUAUGUGAUUUCCUAUGAAUGUGUCUGUUUUCAUAAUGGAACACCAAGACCCAGCUGCUUAUACAAAUCUAUUUCUCAGAGAUUAAAAAAUACAAAAAUUAAAUUAUCAUACAAGUUAUAUAAAAAUUUCUCAUAUUAAAAUGCACCAUAAAAACAUUCUGAUUUAAACAAUCUUAUCUAUUUAUGCACCCCUGUCCCAGUCUUCAACACACUUUUGACCAUAUAAAUAGACUAUUAUACAUGUGUAUCAAUUGUACACACCCAAACUCUACUUUUUAAAAAAAGGAUUUUAAAAUACUUGUGCUAAUCUGCCCUUUCAGCCUCCUCCUGUGCAUGUUUUCUUGGAUAUAAGUCCCACUGAGCUUAAUGGAGCUUACUUGGAGUUUAAUGGUGCAUAGAAUUAGCAUGUCUAUUCUGUAGCAUCAUGAACAGCUUCAUAGAUUAAUGAUAUGCAAUGAGUUCGAGAAAUCUAUGCAAUAUUUCUUCUGGUAUUGGUACCACAUAAUUAGCAGCUAAAGUGGAAGUUAAUCUCCUUUGUGGGGAGAUACCUAUUCUCAUGAUGUGGGGGAGGUGUGUCUUUUUCUAUCUUCUAAACAAGGCGUAUCUCUUACAAACACAUUUAUUUAUUACAGUUAUAAUAUGCAGUGCUUUUUUUCUAAAAAAAUGUUUAGGGGUACUCUCCUUUUCUUACUCAUAUUGAAAUUCUGCCCCUCAAUGAGGCCAAACGUAGAUUCACAAAAUGUUUAGGGGUAUGCGUACACCUGCAUCCCCCCAAGAAAAAAGCACCGAUAAUACGUUAUAAUAUAAAACUGAGGUAAGAUAACCCUUUUUUCAAGAAUGGAACUCAAAGCAGGAUUUCUAGAUUCCAGGCACAGAAGCUACACAUGUUGAAUCUCUGCAAAAUUGUUGCAUUGUGUAUGAGUCAGUUACAAUCUAGAAGAGUGAUGGGGAAUUAUCAGUUUAUUCAGCUAGGAAUGGGGAAGGAAGAGCUUACUUUUUAUCCCUGAAUUGCACUGAGCCAUUGAGUUAAUUAAGACUGUCGCUUAAGCACUACAGAGGAAGUAAGGCCCAUUCAAUGCAGUGGAUGUUUAUUCUGAGUAAACAUGCACUGGUUUGUGUGUUGCCCUCAUUAGAAGGUUCCUGAUUCUUUGGAUGUCAUGGAAUGUAAUGGAGUUGUCUAUCACAGAGAUACGAGUUAAUUAUAUAAACAUUAGAAGAAUUCACAGAGUUAUAAAAUAGCUUUAUAAAGUUCAUAGCAGACGACAACAGCCCAAAAUGUUCCAUUAAUUGCAGAAUGUCCCCGUUUCCCCUCCCCUAACUGCACACAAAUGUCACAACAAAUGUUGCAAACAGAAUAGGCACCAAGUCUGAAAUCUCAACUCAUGCAAGAAACCCAAUUGUUCUUAAUGAAUCCAUUAAUCUGCUGCAGAUUUUUCAGAAUAGCACAUGUCGUAACACCUGACUGCAUGUGGCAUUAAGUAAAUCUCUACAAUGGAGCUCUGUUGUGCUAUUUGGCUGGCUCAUUGCCCAUGUUUACUGCCCAUUUUGUUUAAUAUUGCGAUACAGUGUAAAAAAAGAAAGAAAAAGAAUCCCAUCUUUGGCUGGUUAUAUUUGACACCUGAAUAAGAAAGUUGUGAUCAAGUCAAUUGCAAAAUAGAAUACCAGAGGAAGUGGCAUUUAUAUGUUCAUGUGGAUAUAGUACUGAGGCAGCAGAGCAAAUUGAACAGAUUACACACAGCAGGUUUUAGUGCCUAAUGGGCAUCUUAUGAGUACAACCAGCCAAAGUUAACUGUUUUCAAGUUCCACUGAUUUCAAUGGGCGAGUUAAACAUGUAUGAAAAGCUCUUCCAUUAAAUUCAAUGGACCUAGCAAGUGAUUGAAUAGCCUAGUUUGUGCCUGAAGUGUCCUAUUCAGUUACAACAGUGGCAUAUUUUUUACUAGGCAUAACAGAUAUGAUUUUGUUAUGAGUUCUUCAAAUGCAUGCCUAAUUUUAUCUCUCAUUUUGAAAAUGUGUAUCUGUUUAAUAGUACAAAUUUUAAAAAGGGGAGGAUAGAAUUCUUCACAAAUGUUUGGUGCAGCUGUGGCUGCACUUUGCUCUUAAAACUGGGCCUCUAAACUGGGGGCUGCUUCUCCUCCAUAAAGCUCACUGUGUGACUAAAAUAAUAAAUUGGGUAGGGUUUAUAAAAAUGGCUGCCUUUCUAUCAUAGGAAUACAAAAACAAAACAAACAAACAAACAAACAAACCAGGAACACAGCAGCACACAGUUGUGUGAAUUACAGGGAAAUGUAACUAAGAGCCAUGCAUACAUCUCAUUACAUUGAGCAUGGUUAAACUGUUCCCAGACUGCAUUUUUUCCUGAUGGCACAUCGAAGAUGACAUGUCUGCAUGUUGCCUCCCCCAAAUCCUCACACGUAGAAUACGAGCAUGCCAGGGAGAAGUCCCACCUAGCAAACCAAUUCCCACAGCCAUUUCAACAUCAAGAGAUGUUGCAGUUCUGUAUUUCGAAAGUAAUUGUCUCUAUGUGCCCAGAUACAAAAGUAAACUUAAAAUCAACUCCAAGAGAAAUUUGAAAAGUUUAAUCUACUUUAUGGAAGAGGCUGAAGUACUGUAUUUCACUGCAUAAUGGUUUCACCACCGCAUAAUAGCCGCACCCCCUUUCUUCUGUCCCUAAAAUCAGUCCCAAAGCAUUCAGGGGAUUUCUGAGCACCAAGGGAAUACCUCAAGGGUCAUGUUGGUACAGGAUGCUGAAGCAAGGGAGGGGGUAACAGGGAGGGCUUGUGACAACUGUAGACCUCCAGUGAAAUAAUAAGCCCUAAUGAAGCUUAGGUAAAUGUAAAGGGACCCCUGGCCAUUAGGUCCAGUCGUGGCCAACUCUGGGGUUGCGGCGCUCAUCUCACUUUAUUGGCCGAGGGAGCCGGCGUACAGCUUCCGGGUCAUGUGGCCAGCAUGACUAAGCUGCUUCUGGCAAAGCAGAGCAGUGCACGGAAAUGCCGUUUACCUUCCCGCCGGAGUGUGGUACCUAUUUAUCUACUUGCACUUUGACAUGCUUUUGAACUGCUAGGUUGGCAGGAGCAGGGACCGAGCAACGGGAGCUCACCCCGUUGCAGGGAUUCGAACCACGACCUUCUGAUCAGCAAGUCCUAGGCUCUGUGGUUUAACCCACAGCUAUACUGAUAAAAAAAAGUAUGCUUGAGUCAGUGUCCACUGGUGCCAGAGAACGCCCAAGUCUCAGUUUGGGCUGUAAACCCACCAGGUCCCUUUGCCUAGGCUAAGUUUGGCAAAGGAGAUAUAGAAGGGCAGCAGGGUAGGUUUGUGGCCCAGAUACUAGUAAUAAUCAGGAGAGGAGAUAUGGAUAGACAUGAACGGUAAGAUAGGUGCAAUGGGGAAGGGGGAAGGCUAUCAAGGAAACCAUGGGGUUAAGUGGAAGAGAGGCAAGGGAAUAAAAGCACUAGACCAGGUGAAAUAGGAAAAACAGCAACAGAAGAAACCAUCUUUGAAAUAAUACUCCCACUUAAAUAAUACAUAAAAGCAAUUUCUGCAGUUCACCAAUGUGACACCUGUGAAAGACUUGCUGUUCUUUGGCAACUCCUGUGCUUUUCAGCGGAGCUUGUCCAUGUAGGAGUUCUUAGCAGAUUCUUCUCGGUGUAAACUUUCCCCUACAGAAGUAAUAGGGGAUAUUCAUGAGAAACUGGGAGUAGAGGCUAAAAGGAGCAAAAUGGUAAGGACACGGUUUGAAGGCUUCAGAUCCUCCUACAUUCUGCUUGUCAACAAGACCGAGGCAGCUCUGAAGAGUUAUGUAGUGUUGUUUUUAAGAUAACAGUCUCCCCACACAUUCAGUUCUCAACAAAGUAUUGAAAAACAAAAGUAGUGCCAUAUGUUGCAUCUACAGGGAGUGAUUAUUUUAAUGUGCCAGUCAGGUAGUGUAUAAUUGCUCCGUUCAGAAAUGGUGUUGAGUCACAGAACACUGACACCAGCACAUUUCCUGCAAUUAGUGCUCUGCAUUCAUUUUCCGCCAGGUGGAGAAGGGAGGUGGGGGGAAAUAUACACAAAUUUGUUGUGCGGCAUCGAUUCUAAACCGCCAGAGUGUUUAUGUUUCAGAAAGAAACUGUUUAAAGAUAUACUGCUUUCCAAAAAGGCAGGCAAAUGGCUUUAUUAGCAAUGGGGAUUUGCAGUCAUACCUCUCAGCAAGCCCUCAUUAGUCUUGAAUUUAUUGCUUUCCUACCCAAUGGGGCUGGUGGCUUUGGCCUUUUAUAAAUGAUUCACAUCAGAAAUGCUGAAUCAUGCCACCAAGGGUACCAAAUAAAUGGAUUAGCCUGAAUUCACUUCCCACUGUUCCUGCAUGUGGCUAUAUAUAUAUAUAUAUAUAUAUAUCCAUCCGCAGGAUCUUAUCUGUGUCCCUUAUGCUAGUUUUUAGUAGAUUUCUAUAAGAAUAGCUCCCUUGUCACAGUAGGAUGCAAUCUGACUGGCCUAAGGUUGCCAAAUGUUCUUUAUAUUUUGAGAUAUCCCCUAUUCCAGAACUUCACAGAUGAGCAGAACAUAAUGGAUGUCCCUUAUCAGAGAAUCUUGUCAUUUCAUACUUCUUGGAAUAGACACCAAAGCUCUUUGAUGUCUUGGGCUGCUUGCUUCUCUUUGGCCUGCUUUAAAUCGGUGUAAUUGUUUGUCAGUGGUCUGGCAUUUCCUUGCAGCUUAGCCUCAACGCUAGGCAGUGGCCUCUUUUAAAUGUGCAUACAUUGGGCAAGUUCUCUGAGUCUUGACAAAAUUCCAUGAAAAUGAAUGGGGUUUUAAUUGGUCAGCAUGACGCAGAUAAUAAUCCUGCACGGACUUGCACAGGUGAGAUUUAUUUCCUAUUAAGCAGGCAUAGGAUCUGGCUGAAUGUUCUAUUCCUUUACUUUAAAUGGGCUAAAUCCAUGAGUAAUUUGAGAGCUGUGACAUAAAAAGUUUGUUGGUUUGUUUAUAACAUUUCUACACCACUCUUCAAGCCCCCAGAAAGUAUUUCUAAAUGAUAAUAAAACAAUUCAUCAAAAAGCAGGGAGCUUCUAGGCUCUUACUGUUUUGCAGAUGAGAUCCAAGCAGGUUGCACAAUUAAGGUAGAUUUGGCACUCUUGUCAAUACACUCACUCAACACACCUCUUGCUCCUCUGGCCUGGAACCAGUGUCUGAGGUGAGGGCAUGGAAUCCAUUUUGCAACUCCAGUGACACAGUAUGGCUCCUGACAGUCCUCCUUCUUUGUGCUAUGUUCCUCCAGGAGUUUGUUUCCAGCAAUGGGUGAUUUCCCUCUUCCAUAAGGGCACCUCACCUGCAUUGCUGUUCCGGGCUAGUCCUCUCUUCUCUAUUGAGAAAUUCCUCUUCUUGCCCAGUAGCUCAAAGUGUGGACAGGCGGGCCUCAAGUUGCUGUACCUUGACUUCCAGCAAGGCAACCAGCUUGCACUUGCUACAGGUGUAGUUCUGCAUGUUCACAGGCAGGAAGAGAAACAUGGCACAGGUGUUGCAGUCACUGCAGCAGUUCCCUCGCCGUCCAUGUCUCUUGGCCCUAGGCACACCAUGAGACAUCACUCUGGGCCUCUCCUUCCAACUCCCCUGCUAGAUGCCCUCAAAAACACCCCUGUUUACAAGUCCUAUUCAUGAGCUCCUGGUCAUGGGCUCCCAGAGGCUGCAAAAAGCUAAAUAGAACUGCUGCUGGCUGCUAACUCCUUCCCUGUGACAUGAUGCCAUAUAAAUUCCCCACAAACAAACCAGUACAAUUGCUCAAUAAACAUAUGAUGUAUAGCCUCUCCACAAACUUUGUUCAACUAUAUUAGGAUGAAUGCUUCAUAAACAGAUCACCUGGGAGCUAGCCUAGUAUCGUAUCAGGAUUAAAUUAGCAACCAGAACAGAGCAGAUAAUCUUCAAUGCUGAAACUGAUGAGCGAGUUCUACUCAUGUAUCAGCCACUUUAGUUUUGCCUCUAAUUAGACAUUAGAGUCUAAUGUCUAAUAAUUUCUCAAUAGUUCAUCUCUGUUGGCAUUAUAGGGGGGAGGAAUUCACACAGUGCUAUUACCGUAGGUAUAUUACACUGACUUUGGAAUCCACUAACGCAGGCAUCCCCAAACAUGGCCCUCUGGAUGUUUUGGGACUACAACUCCCAUGAUCCCUAGCUAACAGGACCAGUGGUCAGGGAUGAUAGGAACUAUAGUCCCAAAACAUCCAGAGGGCCAAGUUUGCCUAUGCCUGUACUAACCAGUAGUUCAAGCAAACCAUAUCCUCAUUAAGAUCAAGAAUUUGGGAAAAGUUAUCUUGUAAUGUAUAACCAUGGUUUGUACUUGAAAACAAUCCUAGCACCACCACUGAUGGUUUCAGGUGGUGUUAGGAUGGCACUUCUGCUGGCAGAGAGAAGUGCAGAUGGGGGAUGGGAGCUUCUCCAUGGUGGAGGUCCCAGCUGCGCCUUAGCAGGUAAAAGCUACUACCAGCAGUUAUGUUUACUCAGAAACAAACCCUGUAGUAUUUAAUGAGGAUUUUUGUGAAGUACGUUUUCAUAGGAUUGCAAGCUUGGCAUCCAGUGUGUCCUCUCCUGAAUUUGUUCAUGCACUCACUUAUUCAUACUGGACCCAUAAAUGGCUGACAUUUGUAAAAAUUCCUCUCCUCAUAUGGACAACCAUACAUAUCUUGAUGAGAUAUCGAGGAAGAGGCAAAAAUCUAAGGGCUUGUUUACAUAAUCAGUUAAACUUGAAUAACACCUCCUUACUUCAACUUCUGAUUUGAUUGCAGAUUCAGAGGAUGAAUCAAAAGCUGAAAAGAGUUAAACGAAAGUCAAUAACCUGCUAAAAUCAAAGAUUUGCUUUCUGACUAGAGAUGAGAUAAUGAGAGGACAUUCUAAAUGUUUUCUCCUCUCCACCCCCAUCCCACCCUAUGAAUGUUCUGUCCCUUCAGUGAUGUGUAGGGCAGCAAUGGUAGUUUCAUUGUUUACUCUUGCAGCACCAUGUGACAAGACAAUAAUCCAUCUCUGCUCUGCAAGUACAUCAAAAGUGGCUCUGGUCUAUGACCACUAUUAAGCAUCUUUCCCUCUCUCUGGAUGGUUAGGAAAAUUAUCAGCCUUGGUCUAAUUUACCAUGAUGGGCCAAAGGAAGGGCUUAGCACAGACUUCCAUGCAGCUCCCUCUAUAAUCAGCGAUUGGCUAUUAUUAUUUUUAAAUAAAUAUAUAUACCACCCUUCAUCCAAAGAUCACAGAGUGGUUCAGAACAUAAAAAUACAAAACAAGAACCCAUAAUACCUAAUGAAAACAAGAAUAAAAACAAACCAAUAACCCCCCUCCCACAAACACAUAUAAAAGGCCGUAGAACAGAGCUUUCCAAACUGCAAGGUCCAGGGAGCUCAGAAGCCCCCUCCACAUUAACCUAAACCAGGACUUUUAGUGUGGCUGCCCCUGCCCUGUGGAAUACCAUUCAUGACAAGAAAGAACAGGUGACCACUAUUUGGACUUUCCAGAAACAAUAGAAGACAUUUUUGUUCUGACAGGCUUUCCCAAGCUGCAUAAAUAGGCCUUUGCCACAAGUGUCUGCUUGUUAAGAGCUUUAGUAUUGUUUUAAAUAUAUUUGUUGUUUUUCUGUUUUUAACUGUUUAUAAUUAUUGUAUGUGUAAAUUGCCUCGAGAGAAAGUGCUUUACAAGGUGAUUAAUAAAUCAGCAAUAAUAGUAAUGAUGAAAAUAAAACUGCAAUAUGAUUUAUUUGGCAGGAACCAGUGGCUGGGCCAGGCUCUGGGAGAAAUAUGGUUCUCGCCUGCCUCUGAAUGAUCUCUGCUUGUAUGUUUCAUCUGCUCACAUUGAAGAGAUACUUGAUGGGGCUGGUCUAAAGUACAAGUCCUAUGAGCUUCCAUCUGAUAUGGACAUAACUGAUUGCUUCACUGAUGGAAACAGAAAUGGGGAGUUGCUGCUUGAUUUUUUGACCGAAACCUGUAAUUUUAGUAAAACUGCCCCCACUGAAUUAAAAAAUGAAAUUAUCAGAGACCUUAAAAAGCUUGAAUACAGUGAAAAGAGGGAUGACAAGUAUUUUUUUAAUAACAAUCUGAGUGCAAUAGUGAUUGAACCCUAAAUGUGUUCAGCUGUGAAGCAGCCACUCAGUUGAAUAUUUAUUAUUUGUUAAACACUUUCUUAGUUUGGUAAGUACGUGAUGCUUGAGUCAAAUACACAUAUAUCCACAGUAUCUAACUUUUUUUGCCACUGUUACAGCUGCUUAACAGUACUGUUAGGUGUUUACAAUGCUACAUAUUAAGACUUUGCUAACAGAUUAAAACAUAGCUUGCAGAGUUGUACAUCAUUAUCCUUGCGCAGUGGUUCUGUUGUUGGCUAUCGUGUGCUGAGAUCAUUAAUCAAAACUUGAAAAAUUGCAGGCCUGUGUGCCUCUUGAUUGAUGGAAAAGGUGUUGUAAUGACCUUGAAAAGAUGAAUCCUUUAUGAAGAAAACAGAAAAAGCAAAAAAAAAUUUAAAUAGAACUUUAUAGCUGCCUUUACAGUUAUUGCAGCACAUAUUUCAAACCUUUAAAUUUUAGAGCCCACAGUCAGUUCUGCUCUUAGCUCUUUAAUGUUUUUCUCUUUGGUUUAACGCUGUUUAAAAAGUAAUAUGUAGUGAUAGGCUGGGGAGAAGAGGAGAAGAACCUUAAGAUGCAGGUUUAGAGAUGGGAAGAACAGGCCAAAUGGCUGGGCAUUUGUGCCUGUUAAAUGGUUCUGGUGGAAGUGGAAAAAUCUAAGUGAAAGGGGACCUCCAGUCAAGGUCAUUGUAUACAGCUCUGUUACUAAUAUCAGGAAUAUCCUGUGUUUGGUGAAUCAGUGGCCCUGUGCAUAUAUCUGCUACUGCAUACAUUAUAGGAUACAUGGGCAUGCCUGCACACACCUACUGUCCCAUCACUCAGAACAUUUAGAGCUUGCUAGCAGUGUGAAGUGGUCUUUUUGAGGAGUGAACAUGUUUGAGCUUCACAGGCAUUUCAGAGCAGGCACCAAGCACCUAUGAAUUCCCACUGGCACUGAGCCAUGGAAGAACAACAAUGGUGGAUGCCUAUCCUAGGCUUCUUCCCUUAUCGUUCAGAUACGUCAUCAGGGGGAUUACGAGUGUGAAGAAGCUUGAAGAAAGAAGAAGAGCUGAAGCAGGGCUGGAGGGAGAUUACAACCUCAAUGGUGAGCACCUGCCUUGCCUGUAGAAGAUCCCUGCCAUGUCAACUUCACAAAAGGAUCAUGUAGCAGGUGAAUGGCAAAGCCCCUCUUUCUGAUGUUGGGCUAUAUUGAUAAAUAUGUGCAGCUAGUUUAGGGCAGCUUCCUAUGUUUCUUGGUAAGGGAUGGAGGAACUCCCCAAUGAGGAAUUGUUGCAGCGUUUUUAGCUUAGAAAAAAAAUGUGAGUAAGAGGUGAUAUGGUGAAAGUUUAUAAAAUCAUGCAUGGCAUGGAGAAAGUGAAUAGAGAAAAGUGUUUCUGACACUCUCAUAACACCAGAACUCAUGGGCAUCUAGUUGAAUGUUGCCCCAGUGUAAAGCUCCCAAAGAAAUGUGGAGCUACUUUUGCCACAGAAUCACCCCAGUCUGUCCCCAUGCAUUGAGGACUAGGGAUAUGGCUUCAAAGCUGGAGCAUUCAUGUUCUGGACAGGCUUCAUCCCUGGCAUUUCCCCUGCAAAUUAUUACAGAAGACUCAGCCGUGUGGUUGCCCCCCAUCUCUCCAUGUAACCCUGUGCUCAAGUGGGGGGUAUAGAAACAGAUAAAGGCAGAAGCCUCCUGUUUUGCUGUCUCACAGCCUCAUCUUGUGCCUGAUCAAGAUUUGCAUGCAUUAUUUUGCCAGCAACUUUAAAAUCCUCCUAAAAGGGAUUUUUAGACAGGAUGGUGCCUUCUCCGUAGUCACCUGAUUGACUAAUGUAAGGUAGUUAAAAGCUACGGCUCAUCUAUUCCAUUCCUCAAAAUGAAACAUACGUUGCUCAGAUCACUGUAGCAAAAGGAUGUGAUUUAAGAUGAUCCCUUAGCAGUGACAUUCACAGUUUUCGCACAGGCAAAAUGACAUUAGCGCUUCAUGUCAGCUUCCCAAAUGUCGGAAGGAGCGGAUUAAUGUAUGAGCCAACAUAUACGUGUUUCUGAACAAUCUGUGUUUUUUUUAAGGUGUGCUCUGCAUUUAUGCCUUAGAUACGUUGCUUUUUGUAUUGAUGGUUACAACAUGGAUACAAUUCCACAAGUCUGUGCUCAAAUAAAAUAAAUAAAAUACCUGUUUUUAAAUGUU